GUUUACAUUCAGUUCGUUUCCACAGAUCACCCACCAAAAGCAUCGAAAUCAGCUCCAAAAAUGUCCACUAAAAUGAAUAAAGUACAGCUGUCGAAGGGUAUUUUGCAGAUGAAAUUUAUGUCGCGGACUAAGGAAAAACUGGACAAAGAAGCGGAUGAUGAACGAGGACGUGCACUGUACGCUAGUGAAAUUACAGACAAAAUGUUAUCUGAAACUAUAAAAUACGUUAUCGAACCUAGUUACGUUCCAUGCGAAGAUCUGAUCGAGGGACGUAUAAGCUACGGUGGUAUGAAUCCAGAAAUAGAGCGAAUAAUCGAAAUCGAAUCCGGCGUGGACGUCGCGAAACGUGAGCGAGAGGAAGCUGCCAAGAAGGCAAAAAUGGAAACGGAUGUGCCGGAUGCAGAAAUGGCCCGAUUCUACUCUAGUGUAAUGCAAACGAUGAACAAGAAGUACGACAGUCACAAAAAGCGUUUGCAACACCCACUGCCAUUAAAUAUAAAACGAUCCACUUAAGCGAUAUAAUAAAUUAAUUCCUUUAUUUUUGAUGCUCGGGUAGUUUCUACAAUAAU